AUCACACUCCCACCACCUCACCUUCUCUUCUGUUGCUUUGUCAAUUGCUUAUUCACAAAUCUCAGAUUUGAAGGUUCAUGCAUUAUUCUCUUCCCUAGCUUUAUCAGCAGAGAUGGGUUGCUUCAAGAACAUAUUUAGCCUAAACAGGCCAAAGUUAAAUGGGAGGAGAAGCAAGCACUCCAUCAGGGAAGGCAGCAUUCUCACUAGUGGCGAUUCGUGGAAGAAGAAAGGCAACUUCCGGGAGCUAACACGAGACUCUGCAGCUACACGAAUUCAGACUGCUUUUCGAGCGUACAAGGCGAGGAAGGCACUGCGUGGCCUAAAAGGCGUUGAUAGAUUCAAGGGAGUUGUACGAGGCACUUUUUGUAUUGGGAAUCAAACAAUUUCUGCUCUGAAUCACAUCCAUUUCUGGAGCAGGAUUCAGGGGGAGAUCCGAGCUCGAUGGCUUGGCAUGGUGGUUGAGAGCCGGGCGCGUCAGAAAAAGCUCGAUAACCAGCUCAAACUAGAUGCUAAGCUCCAUGAACUAGAGGUGGAAUGGAGCAGCGGCCCAGAAACCAUGGACGAUAUCCUCAACAGAAUACAGCAGAGAGAGGCAGCAUCAGCUAAACGAGAACGAACGAUGGCUUAUGCUUUCUCCCACCAGUGGAGGGCGAAUACGAAUCAGUAUUUCGGGCAGUCUUACUAUGAUCUGAGCAAAGAGAGCUGGGGUUGGAGCUGGAAGGAGAGAUGGGUGGCUGUCCGGCCAUGGGAGAAGCCGUGCCAGACGAGCCCUUCCCCUAUCAAGAAAGCCGAGACAAAACAGAAGACAGGUGACGUUAAGGUGGCCCUGCCUCAUGCGAGAAAGUCGUCCAAAGUCUCCCAAGAGGAGGCAUGAGGGAAGCUAAUAAUAUGAUGAAAUAUUGCUUUUUUGUAUAAUAUUUGAAUCUACUGUUGCUUGGAUUUAUGCAGUUUGUUGGUAUACUUUGUAUCUAUUCUACAGAAAGAUCACAAUCUCUACUUAAUCUGAAAACGAAAGUUUAAAUAUAUAAUGAACUCAUUUUCUCACUAUCUUAACAAUAAACAA